AUGAUGAACACCACUGCGGAUGACCAGUUCUCUUUCCAGGAAGGUGCACAUGAACAACAAAAGGAAAAUAUACAACCUAGAGGUAUCAACAACCAUUCCUCUGCAUCAAAUACAUUGAUCAAAGCUGCGGGUGACUCACCUCUUGAAUUGAACAGAAGACCAACAAUCAACCAAGACCCUUCACCUACUUUCAACAAUGAUAAGACCGACAGACCACCUUCACCCAGGGUCAAGAACGAUGCUGAUUCACCUGUGAUGUCACUAAAGAAGCAGAUAGUCACCGCGAUCAUAGUAACAGCUACGACAGUGAUGACCUCAAGUAGUGGACAGGUGCUCAAUAUUGCCUUACCUACUAUUAAGGAAGAUUUGGAUAUUGGUGAAGGGGAUUUACAAUGGAUAGUUUCGAGCUAUAAUCUAUCGGUUGGCUGUCUACUUCUAUUCUGUGGUCGACUCGCGGAUAUAUAUGGUAGAAAGAUGAUAUUGGUAAUUGGAAUAGUAGUAUUUACCGUAUUCACAUUGAUUGGUGGGUUCAUGCAGAACGGUCCGGGGUUGAUCGUGACUAGGGCUUUGGCUGGAUGUGGAGUAGCUAUGACAACACCCAGUACGACUGGAAUUAUAGCCGAACUCUACACUGGUAAAGCAAGAUCAAGAGUAUUCACCUGUUUCGGAGCUGGCUUUUCUGUAGGAGGUAUAUUGGGUUUGCUGAUAGGUGGUUUGUUCGUAUCUUAUGUCAAAUACACUUGGCGAUCAUGUCUAUUUGCUGUUGCUGGAAUUGGCCUGCUGAUCGGAAUUUCAGUGAUCAUCGUCAUACCUUCAGAUGGAUCUCAUACGACCAACAAACAUGUAGAUUGGCCAGGAGCGAUGCUUGUCACAGUCGGGUUGGUGCUAUUUCUUUUCGCGAUAAGUGACGCUCAAAGUGCUCCCAAUGGGUGGAAGACUGUGUAUAUCAUCACUCUUCUAGUUCUCGGUAUCGUCCUUACUAUUCUGUUCUUCUUCUGGGAGCACUAUGUCGCGCUCAAAAGAGACAAUCCACCUCUGAUGCGAUUAGCUCUAUGGACGAGGGCAAAAGGCAGAUUGGCUGCCCUGUACUUUGUCAGCUUUCUGGCCGUCAUGGGCUUCAUACCAGCGCUAUACAAUGCCACUUUGUUUUUCCAAGAAGUCCAAUCUAUUGGUUCAGUCGGAACAAUGCUACGGUUCUUACCCACAGAGGUAGCCGGCAUAAUAUGUUCAAUUUUGGUCGCCCUGCUGAUUCAUAGAAUACCCGCUUACUGGCUAGUCGUUAUUGGUCUUUUGGCUUGUGGAUUCGGCAAUAUGUGUUUCGCAAUUUCAGAAAAGGAUACCAGUUAUUGGAAAUUACCAUUUCAUGGAACGUGGUUGAUAGUCUUUGGAGUAGAUAUAUUCCUACCAACCGGUCUAAUAUUCGUAUCCCAUUUCUCCCUCCCGGACGAAUACAGCGUAGCAAGUGGCCUGUUCCAAACAUUAUUGAGAUUAGGAAGUUCCAUUGGGUUAGCACUGACCUCCAUCAUGUUUGAUUCUCAAUACAAAAUCUCCCUCUCUGAUGGAAGAAACCAAGAAGAAGCUUAUUUGAAAGGGAUUCAAACUUCUUUUUGGCUCAGUGCCGCAGGGUGUUGGUUUGGAGUGAUAGUGGCGGUCCUAGCGCUUAGGGGAUUAGGUGUUUUUGGGAAAGAUCAAGAUCAAGAUCAAAGCGGAGUAAAGACUCGUGAUGUCGAAAAUCGGAUUCGGAAUAGCAAUUUGGUCGAUUCAUCAGAUACACCAACGCCAAAGGCGGUCGAGAAGGAUAAGAAGAAGUGCAAGAGUGAUAGCAAUACUGGGGAGAUGAUGGAACGUUGUUCAUCUGGACCUCCGUGCUCUGGACUUGAAGCAAGAUCUAAAGUGUGA